AACAAAUUAUUUUUGAUCAUCAAAGUAUUGACAUAAUGUUUCAAAUUGUACGAAAAGGAGUUGAAGCUGCUAUUAAAGCUGAACAAGCUGCUAAUCUAAAACGUCACAAGAUUCAUGGUGACAGAAUUAAAAUUCCAUCCCAACGCCAAUGUUAUACUGAUGCACAAUGGAAAUACUUACUUGAGCACAAAAUUAUUCGUCAGUUUUCUGAUCAAUACCGUCGUACACAUGGAUCACUUCCAGUAAAAAUUAAAAAAGUCGUGUAUCAUGUAUUUGCAGAACACAAUCUACCUACUAUUAAAUCAAUAGGCGGAUGGGCAAAAUGGAAGGAAUCAACAAUAACUGAAUGGGCAUUUGAAAAUCUUGAUAAUCCAAUUGAUUCUCAAGAUCUUAGCGAAUGUACUAUGGCUGUUAUUUCUUUAUUCUUAGAUCCUCAUAGUGGCACAGUAGAGAUGAACGAAGGAGUUGUAACGCCAAAGAUGAUAAUUUAUUUGAAUGAAUUAGACGAAAUUAUCGAAGAUUUUAAUUAG